AUGGCUCUUCUUUUAAUUACACAUCUUUACUUUCAGAAAUCUGUACUGAGUCAUGGUUUUCCAGGCAUUCCAGGGUCAAAUGGCAUGCCGGGAAUGCCGGGCGUGCCCGGGCCGCGGGGACCCCAGGGAAGAGAAGGUUCAAAAGGACAAAUUGGAGAUAAGGGAUCGCAAGGAGUGCAGGGUCCAAGAGGAGACAGAGGGCGCGAGGGGCCUCCUGGGAAGAGCGGACCGCCAGGAGUUAUGGGAACAAAAGGUGAAUCGGGGCUUGUGGGAAUGAAGGGAGAGCAAGGCAUUGUGGGAAAUCAAGGAAGAAAAGGAAACAAAGGAGAGAAAGGAGAAAGCGCCAAAGCAAGUCAAGCAAGUGCAGUACCACAAACCAACUGGAAACAAUGUGUGUGGAAAUCAGACAGCGGUACUGAUAACGGAAAGAUUAAGGUAACAAGAAAAGCGUUAAAAGCUAAACACGAACUAUCUAUAAGUACCACAAAGGAUCAUCAUAGGUGGAAAGAGGUUUUUUGAGAUAAACUUUAAAGCACAGCUAUGACCCCAACCUCAUUCCCUCAGCCUUCAUCCCCAGUCAACCUUUCUCCAGUUGGCAUUAAUUUUUGUGCUAUUUAGCAACAUUAGAGUUGCAGACAUUUUAAUCGUUUAUUUUUUGUUUUGUUUUCCGGGACUGUGCUUUUAACAAGUUGAAGUCGGAUACAGCGCUCAAAGUCUCAUUCCAGGGAAACAUGAGGGUCGAUGGCAAUACUAAGUGUAGCCGAUGGUAUUUCAAGUUCAAUGGAAACGAAUGCAGCGGACCAAUGACGAUUGAGGCUGUUGUUUACAACAACUGGCCAUCUGGGAGAAAUGCUAAUCAGCUGCAUCAUCGGUCAUUUGAGGGGUACUGUGAAAACAUCCCACAAGGCACGGUUAGAGUGAAAUUAUGGGUAGGAAAGUGCAGUAGCCAAUCCCUGGCUAAUGCUUACACUGGGUGGAAUUCAGUGUCCCGGAUAAUGAUUGAAGAAGUGUCUAGGCCCCAGUCCUAA